AUGGAUCCUUCUGUCGCACAUCGCCCAUGGGAGGCAGUCUCAGGGCCUCAGUCUACUACAGGCUCAACUCAAACCCUUCCAUCCAUCUCAACCCUCACCGCCAAUAUGCCUGGUACCGGAGCCCCCGCGGAGAAAUCCCCCGGGAACGGCUCCUUGAAUACAAUCGAACGUGACUCGGGGAAUUGGUCAAUGCCGCAAAGCACAAGUAGGAGACCCUCACCUAGUAUGGAAUGGGAGCGGCGCGGUACUGACCAUGUAGGAUCGUCCACGUACUCCACGGCGACCAAUGGCACGGGCAACAAUUAUCCCUCCCUCAGCUUCAUUUCCGCGUCGCAACCCUCCCCGAAUCGCGGACACCCGGCUGUCGAUCGCUCACCUUACCCCCACGACCAAUCCACCACCCCUUCCUCGGCUGGCACUCAACAGCCCUCUCCAAACUUCAGCCAGCCUUUUUCAACUCUCCCCUCCAUCAAUCAAAACUACGAAGUCCCCUCCCAACGAACAAGUGCGGUAGAGACGACCGAAUCCCGACGCAGCAGUGUCGACAGUCGCAUGAACCAAGGAAUCAGUUCUCUGGCAAUCAACCCGGCCUCACCAUACCACAGCACCAAUGCCUCCCAAUCGUCGAUCGUCUCAAGUCUACAACGGGAGCGAGGGAUUCCGACCGACCUGAACUCUUACCGGGGACCUCGGUACUCAGGAGGCAACCAGCCACUCUCUCCCCUGGGCCCUCGUGCAACCGACCAACAGCGCAGUUUCGCAGCCGGCCGCACUGCUCCGGCCAUUUCAUCGAAUCCCCGGUCGGAAAUUUACAAUGCUGAAGCACCCACGGCGGGUAUGGCAUAUGCCUUCCCCGACCCGGAUAUGGCACGCUCAAGCUCCGUCUCCUCGAAGGGAGAGUCCAACCCUCCUUUCUCCCGAAAAGGCAGCAUGGCGGAGUCGAUGAACAGCAUGUACUCGGAACGAAUGCCACGAGGACAACAUGGUCAGAUGACUCUAUCCACAAUAAGUUGUGCGCGCAAAACUGACCAUCUCCCAGACCUACCCCAAAAUGUACACCACCACCACUCUCUUCAGCACAAGGCCGUGCGAGAGUUGAUCGGCGAAGAGGACGGACCGCCCGGCAGCACACCUUACAGCCGUACACCUGAACUCCGUGUAACCCACAAACUUGCCGAACGCAAACGGCGCAGCGAAAUGAAAGACUGCUUUGAAGCACUCCGACUUCGUCUGCCACCGGGCCAAACCAACAAAUCCAGCAAAUGGGAAACACUCACCCGGGCAAUUGAUUACAUAGGGAUGUUGGAGAAAACUGUCACGCAGUCACAGCGCGACCGGGCCGUCAUGCAGUCUGAGAUGGAUGAGAUGCGCGCCCAACUCAACCAGCAAGCUAACGCCUCCCGCCCCCAAUCCAUCUUCGAGCACCACCAAAUGAACACCAGCCAGGUCAACGGCCAGGGCUCUGUCUUCGGUGGGUUCGGGAAUGGCGUGACUCAGGAGCAGCCACGCACGUUGCCGCCCCUUCUGAAUGGCUCUAGUGCAGCUAUGCAGGGAAUUGAGUAUGAGCGGCGGUAA